AUGACCAAGGAAAGCAUUUGUAUUUCAAGUCCACUAACACCAUUCACUAUUUACAAUUAUUCCACCUCACUUGAAAUCAAUGUAUCUGAUCUAUGGUGGAAUAUAGAUGAAACAAGUCAGGAAAUUAUUUUUGAACUCCAUGUUAAAACUACAGGCUGGAUUGGAUUGGGCAUUAGUCGAGCUGGUGGUAUGGCAGGUGCUGAUAUUGCUCUCGGAUGGGUUGAUCAGACUGGUACUGCAUAUAUUCAAGAUCGUUAUGCUUACAAUCACUCACGACCUAUCAUAGAUGAUGGUGAAGCCAAUUGGAUUGUUCUUCAAGGUCGUGAGAUCAACGGUUGGACAGCCAUUCAAUUUAAACGCAAAUUUGACACAUGUGAUCCAAUGGAUGUUCCGAUUAUGUCCGGUACAAAUAAUCUUAUUUUUGCCUAUGGACUUGUCGAUCCUGAUCUAUCACAACCAAACAAUGAUAUUACUUAUCAUGGAAGUCGGCGCGGUUCACGUGUACUACCACUUCGCUCAUAUAGCAAUCCACCGUCGGCAUCCGAGUUUGCUACUUUGGAUUCGAUUGAAUUUCGCUUGAAUAAUUUUGCAGUUCCAUCAGAAGAUACAAUAUACUAUUGUGAAGUAUUUAAGACUCCAACUAAUUUUAUAACCAAAAGACAUGCUAUUGCUUACGAGAUCUUUAUCGAUCCAGCCAAUUUGGAUAUUGUUCAUCAUCUCCUGAUGUUUGAAUGCGAUCCGACAGUUAAUUUCAAUGGUACAAUACUGCCACAAGGAUUAUGUGAUCAAAUGGAUAAUGAAGUAGAAAAGUGUAUGGUGAAUACAGCUCUUGGAUGGGCUGUCGGCGGGGAUUUCAUAGUAGAAUAUCCGGAGCAGGCUGGUUAUCCACUUGGCGCAAAUUUUUCCGUUGGAUACUACAUGAUUCAAAUGCAUUAUAAUAAUCCACAAAGAUUAUCAAAUCGGGUCGACGCGUCUGGUAUUCGAUUCUUUCUUGGAAAUACACUUCGCCAAUAUGAUCUUGGUUACCUUACACUCGGAACAACUGCAAAUGCAAUAAGUCUGGCCAUUCCGCCGAACAUCGAACAGUUCAACGUCGACUCAUAUUGUCCAAUGGAAGCGACAGAAAAUAUUCCCGAAUCUGGUAUUACUGUCUUCGGAGCCUUUCCACACGCACAUUUACAAGGUCGAAGUAUUUGGACGAAGUUGAUUCGAAAUGGAAUGCCCACUGAUUAUUUAUUCAAUGCUCAAUCCUUCGAUUUCAAUUAUCAAUUUGGAAAUACACUACCAAAACCAAUACAAUUAUAUCCCGGCGAUGCUUUCUAUACUCGAUGCGUGUAUAACACAAUGAACAAAAAUAUUAUCACAUUGGGUGGUGAAUCAACAAAACAGGAGAUGUGUCUUCAUUUUUUUUCUUAUUAUCCUCGAAUGCCCGAUUUAAGUGUUUGUCUAAAUCUCAUGACUCCUCAAUCAUGGAAUGCAUUGAUCAAUGACUCAUCAAUACCGUUCAGUCAAUCAAAUCUUAUUCGAUGGCUACUUCAACGCCAGUGGACAACUGCAUUAGCAACAAAAUGGCAAGAAUUUUACAAUAAUGCCUUGCGUAUUGUUGUCUAUGGGCAAAUAACACACAUAGAAUCGAUGCUGGCUACUCUACCACCAAGACUUCAAGAUGUGGAACCAGACAAGUGUACCAAGCAAGUGAAUCCUGAACCAGGGAAUGCAGCAAGCAAAACAAAUCACACUAUUCGCCAAACAGUAUUCAUUCUUGCUAUUACUAUUUUCCGUGCAUUGAAAAUUUCCUUUGAAAACCUCCAAUGA